CCAGCUGCCCCUCUCGAGCUAAUCAAGCCACUUCUAUCUCACCUAUUCCUCGAGUAUCCACCCACACGCCCUUUCGAGGCCACACAUCCCCAAAAUGGAAUUUACUUUUGAACCCAAUCGACCGAUGAAGCACGUCGACCGGAAGGCCCUGUACACCCGCCUGGAGGCGCGCAUCACGUACCUGCGAGACUUCUUGGACUUCAAUUCCGGUGACGUCGAAGCUUUGGUGGCCGGCUCCAAGUACAUUAAAGCCCUGAUCCCCGCCGUCGUCAACAUCGUCUAUAAGAAACUCCUCGAAUCCGACAUCACCGCUCGUGCGUUCCACACACGGGACACUGCGGAUGAAACUCCGGUGGAGGAGUUCUUCACAGAAGACAGCCCCCAGAUUCAACGUCGGAAGAUGUUUCUGCGGUGGUAUUUGAUCAAGCUGUGUUCCGAUCCUUCUCAGAUGGAAUUCUGGCGGUACUUGAACAAAGUCGGAAUGAUGCACACUGCCCAGGAACGUCUGUACUCCCUCAACAUCGAAUACAUCCAUAUCGGCGCUUGCCUCGGUUUCAUCCAAGAUAUCUUCACCGAAGCCCUCAUGUCACACCCCCACCUCUCUCUCCCUCGCAAGACGGCCCUGGUCCGCGCCAUCAGCAAGAUUAUCUGGAUCCAGAACGACCUCUUCGCCAAGUGGAGAAUCCGAGACGGCGAGGAGUACGCGGACGAGAUGUCGGAGAUCAUCGUGGAUGAAAAAGAAGGCUAUCUGGGUGAGAAGAAGAUCCUGGGUGACAGCAGUGCCUCUGCCAGCUCGAGUGAGGACGACCGGUCCAGUGUCCAUAGCGGCACGGUCCCGAGUUCCACCUCGGCAUGUCCCUUCGCAGAUUUGGCGAAACCCGCAUCAGAAACCAAGAUCUGGGCCGGGUCCAACUAGACCAGUCGGCUGUCGCAGCUCGACCACUCUAAUUGGAUGGUCAUAAAACAUCACGGACGGUCAUACAGGUAUAAGGAGCAUAGCGGGCGUCAAGGAAAUAUGUUCCGGGGUAUCUUCUUCCUUGCUGGGUUUGUC